AACGGGCCAGCCCGGAAACACUAAAAUACGCAGGUAAGCGCAGUCAACCCUUCAAAACCCUAAUGCACUCUACAAGUGGCCAUAUAAAUUCCUUAACGAUUCGAUCGAGUCCCUUCUCUGCGAAGACCUUUGAAGCUAGGGUUUUUCCACCAAGGAGAUGGGAAAAGGAACAGGAAGCUUUGGAAAGAGGAGGAACAAGACUCACACCCUGUGUGUGAGAUGUGGCCGCCGUAGCUUCCAUCUCCAGAAGAGCCGAUGCUCCGCUUGUGCCUUUCCCGCCGCCCGCAAAAGGACUUAUAACUGGAGUGUGAAGGCAAUUCGAAGGAAGACCACUGGAACUGGUCGCAUGAGGUAUCUCCGUAAUGUUCCCCGCAGGUUCAAGAGUGGCUUCAGAGAAGGUACUGAGGCUGCUCCAAGGAAGAAGGGGGCUGCUGCAGCCUCGUAAGGUUUUCAUUGUGUUCUUGGUUUUCAUUGUCUUAAAUUUUGCAAGAAGCACAAUUUUUGGAUUUUGUCUACUCUGUUACUUAUUAUCAGUCACAAAUUGUUAUUGUUUUGGAUUAAUGAGAUUUUAGUGCUUUAUUUUGACAAUGUAAGUUAAAUUACUUUUUAAAUUUCACUCCAUGCCUUAUUAUUGUUAUGAA